GAAUUUUCUUAACUGUUGCUAGAUUCACGCUGCUCUUCAAUGUGUCGAACAUAACAUUAGCAUAAAACCAGAGCUGAAAUUGUGCACAUUUAGGCUGUAAUAUGCCGAAUAUGGCAACAGGAAACGAAGAAAAUGGAUCAGACAUGCAAUCGGAGUCAGAGGAGUCCUCGUACUCUAUGGCGAGGCAGAAGCUGGAGAGCCUUCUGAACAAGAAUAUGCGGAUCCGUAUGACUGAUGGCCGCACUCUUGUGGGACUGUUCUUGUGCACCGACCGGGACUGCAAUGUCAUUCUCGGCUCUGCUCAGGAGUUCCUCAAAUCCACAGGUGGGCCGCUGUUACCUGUAGGAACGUCUGUGUUAACUACUGGAACGCCUCUAGAUCAGACUCAUUCUCUCAAGGGGAGCCAAGGGUCUUGGGUCUUGCCAUGAUCCCAGGGCACCAUGUCGUCUCCAUUGAAGUGGAAUCUGAAAGUUUAGUGAACAACUCCCAAGGGAUGUGAUGUCUAUCCUCUGAAAGACUGCAUUCAGCUUCUAAAUGGCUGUGGAAACGCGUAUGUAUUUGCAGCGAUACACUGUCCACAAAAACUGACUUGAGUUCAAGAAUUCAGCCUUUGAAGACUGCCGAGAGAUGAGGAAUGAACUUUUUCUUGGACCACAAGUGGAACUGAGAGGUUUACUUACCUUUACAAAUGGUUUACUUAUCCAUUAAAGUCUGUGAACUGCAAAAAUGCUGCUGUAUGGCGACAUAUUCAGUGUUUUAUAUUGUAAUGAAAAUGGUUUGUUAAAUUA